GGAUACUAGUUUAUAAAUACCCAUAAAAAAAAUUGUGCAAGUCCAAGCAACUCCCAACUGAGUCGGCGGUUUGUAGUAGAGUUCCUCAGUUGAUCUGCAGCGUUCCUACUUGCCAGAUCGGAAGAAGGGAAGAGCGUGAUGGGGAUUAUAAGGAGCAGUUUCUCACUGAUAGCAGGAACUAUUUGUGGUAUAUACAUAGCUCAGAACUACAACGUCCCCAACAUUCACAAGCUUAUACAAAAUGCUUUGUUCAAAGCCAAAGAUGUAGAAGAGAAAUAUCGCAAGCCCCCCAAGCCUGGCGAUCGCCUUUAGAUUCAGGUUAAAAUUCCCAAAUCCCCAAAUCCUUCUUCUUUUCAAAUGUAAAUUCAAAUAAAUCCAACUGUUUAACCCAAAUAAUCAUAAAUUUUGUGACAUAGAGUGGAAUCUUCGAGUAAUUUUGAGCUGAUAAUGAUGAUUUUUACUCGCCCUUUUA